AUGAAGAAGAUCUCCCUCGCCAUCAUUGUCCUUGCUGCCUUAUUGAGCGUUGUCUUGGCUGUUGACCCAGUCCCCGCUACUCCCAAGGACCCAGCUGCCGCUGCUACUAAGGACCCAGCUGCCGCUGCUCCUAAGGAAUCAGCUGCAGCUACUCCUAAGGCCUCAGCUACUGCCCCCGUAGGCUCAGCUACCUCCCCCGUAGGCUCAGCUGCUACCACCACAAGCACAGCAUCCUCCCCUGACUCAGCUCAUGCUCCUGCUCCAUCAGGCACCGCCAGCACAAUGCCCGUUGUCGGCUCUCUGGCCGGUGCCUUCCUCGUGACCUUCUUUGGCUAUUACCUGCAGUAA